AUGAACGCUCCGCGGAGGCGCCGCCAGGUCUCGGCGGCCUGUGUGAGAUGUCGAAGGCGCAAGCUGGGAUGCGAUCAAGCCCGGCCCUGCGUUCACUGCACCCGCGCGGGCGUGGAAUGUGUUCCCCGUCAGGGAGACGCGCAAGAACACCGUCCCUUGCCAACGUCAUCCACGCAGCCGGCAUCAUCACGAAACGAUGAAGCCGACAACGCUCCCGCGGACACCACCGUGGUUCUUCCGGAAACCAGUAUUGUGGAUUUGAGCACCAUGAUCUUUGCCAGGAUGCAGCAGGAUCGUCACGUGGGCCACGAUUCCUCAGCACUGCCAGGCGGACACAAGACCGUCCACGCUCAGCUUCUUCGAGGCCGGCAUUGGCGCCAGAUUGUCGAGUGGGAGCUGCCGCCCGAUGACGUGCUGGAGACGUUUGUCGACCGCUUCUUCGUGUCGGUGUUCCACGAGCAGUCGUUCCGCCAAAGCUACGCCCGCCUCGUCGCCUCGCAGCAGGUCUCGUACCACGAGGAAAACUUCCUCUGGCUCAGCAUGCUGGUGCUCGGCUUGGGCGCCCACUACUCGUCCGUGUCGCCGUCGGCCAGCACCGCCGGCCUGGACCUCGAGCAGCUGUCCCGGACGCUCCUGGCCAGCAUCGAGCUGCGCUUCCUGCAAAUCAUCGGCUGCUCGACCUUGGAGGCGGUGCAAAUCUGCAUCCUCCUGGGGAGCUUCCACCUGUUCAACGGCCGGCCCAACGCCGGGCUAGGCAUACUGGGCAGCAGCGUCAAGAUUGCCCAGGUCAUCGGGCUGCACAGAGAGUCCAUGUGGAGAGACACAUCCGAGGCCGUCAAGGAAGCGAAGCGGCGUACGUGGUGGGCCUUGGAAGUCUUUGAUAAAUAUGCGGCCAUUGCGUUCGGACGGCCGAGCAGCAUCGACGACUCCGACUGCCAAGUGGCCAUGGUGUCUGCGCUCCCGCUGGGCAACACGGAACCGCUGCUCCUCUAUCACCAGUGGAAAUUCCCCCUGUACAGAAUCAUGGGCCCGUUUCUCGGCCGCCGGCUGCAGACGAAGCGCCUGGAAAACGUCACCUCCAUCCACGGCCAGCUGAUCCAGUGGCGCGAGAAGCUGCCCGACCGACUGAGGAUCGAGUCCUACGCGACCGCCUCCCGGCAGAUAUCGCUGCUGCAGAUGCAGGCCCUCUCCCUGCAGCUGACCUACGACAACCUCCAGAUCAUCCUGCACCGCAGCGCGGCGUUCCGCGUGGCCGACGGCGGCGCCAGCAGGGUCGACGCGACGAGCAUCUCGAGCCCCUUUUCCCACCGGCAGCUCUUCGAGGCCGCCAUCCGGACGGCCGACCUGCACCGGUACUCGCACGUGCUGCAGGAGUGCCGCAGGACCCAUGCCAACAUGCACAUUGGCAUCACGCUCUUCACCGCCGGCGUGGUCCUGUGUGCCAUCUGUCUGUCCCAGCCCAUGUCCGAGGUCAGCCAGCGCGCCAAGACGGGCAUCAUGCACAUCAUCCGCAUCUGCCACGACAACUCGUCGGCGCAGCACCUCGUCUCGGCCCAGUGCGUCAAGAUCCUGGAGGGCCUGGUUGCCGUCAUCCUGCAGGCUGAAAAUCAGCUGAUAACGGGGAGGCCCUCGGCUCCUCCUGCCGACGAGCUGGCGAGUCGGGCAGAGGCCUCUGGCGGCGGCGAGAGGAGCCGGCCCGUCUCUGAUGGACGCGAUACGACAGGUCAGUCUACUGUUGUUGGCGGGAGAGGCGCCGCGGGGGUGCUAGAUCCUUUACAAGAAGUGUUUGAGCGCCAUGUGCAACGACCUGCUCCCCCGGGAGACGCACAAGGCGAUCCGCAGCCAGGCGAUGACAGCAUGGGGCGGCAUCAGACUCGGGGAGCUGAAUCGGCCGCUGCCCCGGUGGCCGAUCCCGGCGCGGGAUUCGACUGGGAUGGGGAUUUGUCGCUGCUGGUCGACUCUGGCCUCGGCGAUGCCAGCCAGUUGUGGCUCUGGGCGGAUAACCUCAACUAUGACUCGUUUGCAGAGUUCAACGACGCGGGGGAGUAG